AGUGGACCACUGCCAGUGUUUGAUCACUUUUCCCUCAAAAAAAGCACACAAAACACACACCAACUCAAAACCCCACAACAUAAAACCCACCCUUAAAAACUUCAAAAUCUCACAACACCCCCAUCACCAACGACUCUAAACAGAGUAAACCAUGAUGACGUGGCAACCGGAAUCAUCAUCACCGGCGCCGGCGGAGGGUGGCGGAGGGCGGAGGAAGCCGUCGUGGAGAGAGAAAGAGAAUAAUCGUCGGAGAGAGAGGCGAAGAAGGGCGAUUGCAGCGAAUAUAUAUAAUGGGUUGAGGUCACAGGGGAACUAUAAUUUGCCGAAACAUUGUGAUAAUAAUGAGGUGUUGAAGGCUUUGUGUAAAGAAGCUGGCUGGGUUGUUCUUCCUGAUGGCACCACUUUUCGAAAGGGAUGCAAACCGCCACCAUCCGCCAUUGAAUCCCGAGGCAGAUCAACCAACAACACAACACCAUGUUCUUCUCAGAAACCAAGCCCGCGGUCCUCAACCUUUCCAAGCCCGGUCCCUUCAUACCAAUGCAGCCCGACCCGCAUUGAUACAACAACCAACCCGUUCGAGUUUCUUUGUAACUCAACUCCGCCAUCACUCCCGCCUCUCCGAAUCUCAAACAGCGCCCCGGGGACACCACCUUUAUUAAACAUUCCAAAACAGAACAGUUUUGACUUUGGAUCAGUCAACCUGCAAUCUUUAGCCUGUUCUGUACCCACAAGCCCGACCCGGAGGCCCGCUACUAUACCGGAGUGUGAUGAGUCUUAUUGGUCCACCUGCGAUUCGUUUCAACGAAUGCGGUUCCAAGAUUGCAGCCCAAUGAUGACUAGCCCGAGUUCACCAACUUUCAAUCUUGUGAACCCGAUGGCUCGAGUGAGUGCGGAGAAUGAUGCAGUUGUGGAAAAGGGGAAAGGGGUAAAGGCGUGGAAAGGAGAGCGGUUUCAGGAAGUCGGGUUUGAUGAUCUUGAGCUCACCCUUGGAAGCGCGAAUGUUUGAACUUUUUUAGAUUUUAUCGGUUAGUUUGAAUCAUGUCGAGUCGAAGUAAGAUUUAAAUGAUUAGUGGUGUUGAGAAUCGGUGUCGGUUUUGGUGUUUGUUUAAUCAUGGUAGUGAUUUUGAGGUUAUGUUUAUGAUUCAUGGAAGUAGAUAAGAAGAUUGUGUUCAUUGUAGUAAUCUUUUGGGCAUUCAUGGUGAAUCAAUAUAUUGUUGUGAAUGAAAUGAAGGUUUUUUUGGA